AAUAAUAAGACGAAGUAUCAAGCGGGGGAUUUGCAGCGUCGUAUUACUGAACUUAUUUUGAUAGGAGUGGUUAUGAGCAGUCCCAUGGCUGGUUCCACCGCCUCCAGUUCUAAAGAGCGUCCAGUCUCCAGGACCAGCUUCAUCCCAGAACUACAGAGCAUGAUGUUUGCACUGGGAGACGCUCGCAGGCCUCUGCAUGAGACAGCUGCUCUGGUGGAGGACAUUGUCCACACGCAGCUCAUCACUAUGCUGCAUCAGGUGUGUGAGGGAGCAGCUCUCCGUGGAUCAAGGGUCAUUUCUGCCGAGGACAUCCUGUUCUUGAUGAGGAGGGACAAGAGGAAAGUGGCGAGGUUAUUAAAAUAUCUCCAGUUCAGAGAUUAUAAAUCCAAAUUACUGAAAGGUAUGGAGGAAGAGGACAUGCAGCAGGAAACAGACCGGUGGGGCAGUGCUGCAGGUGCCACAGGUGCCACAGGUGCCGCAGGAGCCGCAGGAGCCGCAGGAGCCGCCGUCGCUGGUAACCAGCGGCGGCAGAGGUUGGCCCAGGAUUUUCUGUUAUGGAUGGAUCAGACUGGUGAACAUGUGUCACUGGCUGAGCGACAGGAAGUGGACCCCGUCAAACAGGAGAGGAUGGAGCGUUUAGAGCGUCAGACCCGGACUAUGGACCAGACUCAGUACUUGGAGUUCUGUGAGAGCCGACAGCUCAGCUUUGCAAAGAAAGCGUCAAAGUUUCGGGACUGGCUGGACUGCAGCAGUUUGGAGCUGAAACCCAACAGCAUCGCCAUGGAGAUCCUGUCAUACCUGGCCUAUGAGUCUGUUGCCCAGAUUGUGGAUUUGUCUCUGCUUGUGAAACAGGAAAUGACAGCCAAGACCAAUCCCAUCAGUCAUGUGAUCUCUGCCAGUUACAUCCACUACAACACGCACACUGAGGUAAAGAAGGAUCCGGACUCACCUGAGGCCACCCCCCCCUCCACCCCAGGCUCCUCUCACUCGUCAAAGCCCCUCCCACAGGGAAACGGCAGCCUGGACAGCCGGGCAAGACAAAGAAAACGCAAAAAGCAGAGCUGUCCAGCCACAGUGGAACCUCCUCCCAGUGGAGCCAUCCAGCCCUGUCACAUCAGAGAGGCUAUUAGAAGAUACAACUACAGACACACAAGUGCUUACUGGAAGAGUGGGAUGGCCUUCCUCGCCUGCUGAGGAUUAUUAAAUUACCAGAGAUGUUCUUCCAUGUUCCUGUAACUGUAUUUUCCUCAUCGUUCUAACAAAGAGUUUUCAAUAAAACUGUUUUUUUUAUAUAUA